AUUCAAGAAUAUAUGUUCACCAUGGAAACAGAAAACUGACUCCGUGCAUAUUUCCCUGAAUAGAACCGGUUAUGCUACAGGUAACUGUUCAUGUAUUGUUGAGGACUACACAGAAAAUAUCAACAUGGAAGUUGUUGACUACAGACCAUACGGAAAUGAUUUUAGAUGUGCAGGUAGCACAUUUUUAAUUGGCGACACAGCCAUGCCUGAAUGUGAAAACGACGGCGUAGACGUUUCUAUGUAUAACACAAAAAUGACAAUUAUCAACAAUGUAACUAUGAUAUCAGUUUUAUUUUCUGACUAUUUUCCACAAAUGAUAUGGAUUCACGUAGAAGGUAACAACAUGACAGUUCAGUGUAAUAAUGAAGGUAUGAGCUUAACAAGCUCCCCGUCAAGUUCCUCUUCCACUGAUUCUAUCUUCACAGAUACCUUAACAACCUUACCUGAAAAAGACACAACAAAAGAAAAUACUAUCACAGAAACAAAUACUGCAAUGACUACUUCCUCGUUAUUUAACAAAGGAAACGAAGACAGAACAAUUUUCAGCCUACCGGUUAUAGCAGGGGGCUCAGCUGGUCUGUUGUUUCUAGUUGUUUUUAUUGCUGUCAUUAUUUGUUUUCUUUGCAGAAGGAAACAAAACCAGACUUCCAAAGCUAAAGACAAAGAAAACAUGUACGCGCAAUAUAAUGCUCAGUCAAACACAGCAAACAUAUCACCGAUAAAGUGUGGUGUCAUAAAUCAAGGUUACGAAACCGAAAAUAAAAGGGUUCAUAUCGUACUAAAGGAUUUUUCAAACUCAAACUACGAAGAAGUAGGAAGAAAAAAUGAAGAAGCGGAUGUUUGUGAUUAUGAUGGUACUGAAUAUGCAGAGCCAGCAGAUGUUGUUGCAGAUAAUAUUUAUGCUGAAACUUCCAAAACAGAGGCAGGUAUUCAAAUGUCACAAAAAGCUCAAAGUAGUAUCGAGGGUCAUAAUUACACGGAACCGUAUGAUAAAGGUCUUAUAAUCGGUACUGAAAAUCAAAAUAACUAUGCCAAAGUGAAAAGUGGACAGAAGAAAGAGGCGUAUGACACAUGCGGUGGAAUCGAAAACUAUUCCCAUAUUCUUACUGGCAUGAUAAAACAAGCACCAAAAACCGAGGACAACUAUUCUCAUAUACAAAUUGCCGGAAAUAAUCACGACACUUCAUGUUUAGGCAAUUAUUCACAUACCAAAGUGAGACAAAGGGAGGGAAUUAAAGCUCAUGAAUGUCCAGACAUGUACACACAUGUUCAAAAUGACACCCCAAAACAACAAGGCCUGUCUUACAAAGAAACCAAAGAAACUAAAUCAGAUGAAGAAGAAUAUGACCAUUUGAGCAAUUUUCCUCAUCCAUGAAUCAUUUUAUAAUAAUCGUUCUGAUUGCAUUCUUCAAAUGAAAUAAAAA